AAACCCAUACAGAGGCAUACUGAGAGACAUGCGCAUAGAGCCAGAUUUAAGGAACUGAACCAAAACAAAAUAUAGAGGGUUUAGCAUAAGCCUAUUCCAUUUAAUCUGUGCAGUUUCGUUCUUUAUGCUGCAUUCGACGCGCGCAAACUGGGACAACUCACGCAUUUCAGCAAAUUUUCCCAAAUAGAAAAUACUAAUUUUUCUUAACAUUUCCUACUUAAAAAAAUGUAAGGAUAAAUUUUUGUGACAUCAAGAAAAUUAUGUAAAAGUGGAGCUGAAACAAACUAAUUAAAUUAAAUUUGGGUAUUUAGUUGAGUGACUUUGCUACAUUUCUAGUGAAUUUGCGUCGGUUGAUUUUUACCUAAAACUCUAAGUGUCUACCAUCUAUUCAUCUGCAACUGACAAACAGGGAAAAACCACUCAAACCAACCGUAAUUUGUAUGUGUGCGCGCAGCGGCAUUGCGUCUCCUCAUGACACAAAUACAAUUGCACACACACUCUCACUCAAUCACUCUCUGUUUCUUUAUAUCUAUCUUUUUCUAAGUGAGACAUUUACAUCAAAGUGUAUUUGCCGAGAAGAACAGAACAAAAACGAACUGAAAAAAAAAACUAUUGAAAACGUUGUGUAUAUUUGAUGAAAAAAUAGGGAUACACAAUGAAAUCAAAUAGUACCGUUGCUGUGAGCUAAAUACACGUUACCGUUCCGUGUCCGUUUGUGUAUGGUUUUGUGUGCAGUGCGCGCGUGUAUGUAAGUCACGCAUAUGACAGACAGGCGGUCGUAGUUGGGAAAAAUAAUAUGAGAAAUAAAGUUGGUCGGCGAAAGUGUGAAAUGUGGAUAAGCAACAAUAAAGUUCUCAUCGGUGGUGCCAUGAAAAAGCCACAUGCACGUAAUCCAAAUUUUGAAACAGAAGAAACAAAAUUGUUGAUUUCAUUAUGGGGUGAUCCAAAAGUGCAAAAAACAUUGAUAACUACACACAAAAAGCAUCCGGUGAUUGCGAAAUUGGCAGAAAGUAUGCGUGAGCAUGGGUAUCAUCGGUCACCGGAAGAAAUAAAUACACGCAUAAAAAAUCUAAAAUGUUUCUACAAUCGCAUCAAAAAGGAUAUUGAGAUGGGAGUCACGACCGAACCUACAUGGAGACAUUAUACAGCGAUGGAUGAAAUUUUAACACGACCAAUAUUUGGUAACCGCGUUCAACAGCCACAUUUGCAAAAUGCACAGAAAAAUGGUGACGAUGCAGAACCAAAAGACCUAAGACCCGAGGACUUACUAUCAGUGGAAGAGGAAGAAAUGGAUGAUGACAGCAUGACUGAUUUGGAUGGAUCAAUUGUGCCCAAAGAAGAACCAAUUGAUAUUGAUGACAUGGAAGAGAUUGGCGGCGAUGGUGACAAUGACCGAAAUGACCAGGAAAUUGACGAUGUUAAUGAUAUUUUCCCGAAACUAUCGGCGUAUUUGCAAUUAGCCAGCAAUUCAGCCUUAAAAGGAGCUCCGAACGCGGGCGCAACCAGCAAAUCGCCGUUGUUACUUGAUAUCAAAACAUCACCACCAUCGUCACCGAUAUCUGAACCAGCCUCGCCGACAGGUCACACAGCAUCGUCAGCAACCACAAGUGCUUCAUCGACAAUAUCCAGUUCAACGACAACCACUACUGCAUCGAGUAGCACAGCAACGAUUAGUGGUAGUAAAAUUUCGUUGGUACCGACGAAUAUUUUAAUGAAGCCACCGACCAGUGUACAAUCGAGUGCGACAACAACUCAAUUCAGUUUCAAACCUCAGCAGUUCAUUUGUGCAAAGCCAUCUGGAAGCAGUGGUACCGUAUUGACUACAACCAACAAUGGCAUGCCAAUGAAAGUGUUACUUGUGAACACACUUCAAAAACCAAAUGGUGUAUCCGGAUCGAAUACCGUGUCCGUUGCUGCAAAACCUAUAAUAUCGACGCCAUUAACAACUCGAUCUCUAGUCAAUAUUCAACCAAAACCAGCUGUUGUUCAGAACAGCACAAACAACAUAGUCCAAAGUACGUACCAAACGCGUUCAACAACCGCCGCCAAUGCUCAAGCAUCUAAGACCCAAACGUUGCUAUCAUCUAAUAAAUACUUAUGCUCAGGUUCAUCAAGCAACGCAGAGCCGGUGACCAAACGUCAAGUGACAUUCAAACAAAAAGCAACGCCCGGCUUCCGAACGUUCCUCAGUCAAUUGGUACAGUUACAGCAACGUCAAUUAGAAGUAUCACAACAACGUCUUGAGGUUGAACGAGAACGACUUGAUUAUGAACGCAAAACUGGUGAUAAAAUACUCCAAAUGGUAGCGUCACUUCUGGAAAAUAAAACAUCGACAGACACCAAAGAUGAGACAAAAUGAAUAUCGAAGAUGGCGAGGGUAAUUAUCAGCAAAAAAAAAAAAACAAUUGAAGAGCGACAAACUACAUUCCAAAGUAUUUUAAGUGUUUAAAAAGACACUCCACUUCAAUAUGUGCUCUUGCUUUUCACCAAAUUUAUUUAUAACGGAAAUCGAAUGCAAUUCUUAUCUUUUAAUAAUUUUGCCAUUUGAAUAUUUUCAUUCAAUUUUUAAUACACAGAUCUCACCAUCUUUCUAUCCAUUUGAAUUAUUUAUUCGAGUUGUGUUGAAUCAAUCUAUUUUAUUUCUUAACGUGUGUAAAAACGCAAAACUCAGAAAUUCAUAUUUUUAAAUAUCAUCCUGAGCUAUUUAUUGAAAAAAUUAGGCUAUCGAGGAAAAAAAGGGAAACUAUUAAAUGAUUUAUACGAAAAAAAAAAACAAUAGCAACAAUAUACCUUGGAUUGAAAAAAAAAAACAGUAGUUUUGAAUAUUUUGAGUGCUAAUUAAUUUUACUUGAAUAAAUGCACACAAAUUAUUAUUUUCAUUUUUUUCUAUUCUAUUUUGUGUGUUCGAUGAAUUGCAAAAGAUUUUAAUUUAUUCUGACUGCUUAAUCUAAAGCUAGCAAACUCUUGAAACUACUUCAUUUUGAAAACGAUCAAAACAAAAAUAAAACAAUUGAAAAAUAAAAAUUUAUUUAUAAAUAAA